AAUUCUUCCAAGAUAACGCAAUCUUAGACAUUGGGAGAUUGGAGCACCGCUUAAAAGAAAAAUCAUCUUCCCUUGUCUGCUGCUCUGAAUAUUAUACUACUAGUACUAGUGUAUUUUCUCUCUCUAGCUGUGUUGUCCUUCUUGAUUUUCUCCGACUACUACUACUUGUUCCUCCAAGAACGGACGACCGCUGUUUCCCUCUCCCCGCCUCCGUCUCCCUCCCCUCGUCUUCUCCAUCUCCCCGGCUCGAAUCGCGUGUGGCGUAAGAGAAAUUGGCAGAGGCGAAUCGCCAUCGCAAGGCGGCCGCAGGAGCGGGAGCGUGUCGUGGGGCUUUGCUCUGCUGCCGUGCCAACAAGGGUAAAAGGUAGGCGCCGCGCCACGCCAUGGGCGCCCCUCGCGCCUGACCAUGCACUCCAGGCUGCUCAAGAGGCUCGCCAAGAGGAUCAUGUGAGCCGCCGCGCGCCCGUGGAAAUGUGGGAGAUGGACGCGCUGCUCUACUGCGCGGUCGUCGCGCUGGCGCUUCACUGCGUCGGCUGUGGCUGCUCGGCGAUCAACCUUGAAGGCUCAGCGCUGCUCAAGUUCCAGUCCAGGGUGGAGGAGGAUCCGCAUGGCGCCAUGGCAGGCUGGAGCGCGCGGGACGCCGACCCUUGCGGUUGGAACGGCAUCCGCUGCGCCGAUGACAGGGUUGUGAUGCUGAACCUAAAAGAUCUCUCAUUAAGAGGUACCCUGGGUCCAGAACUAGGAGGUCUUAGUCAUCUGCAGGCUCUUAUAUUAUCCAACAACUUGUUUAGUGGACUGAUACCUAAGGAAAUUGGUGGUCUCGCAAUGUUGGAGAUAUUGGACCUAAGCAAUAACAACUUGACUGGGGAAGUUCCACAGAAGAUAGCAGAAAUGGCAUCACUCAAGCAUUUAUUGCUUUCCAACAACAGAUUUCAGUGGCCCGUGGUCCAAAAUUCCCAUGGGAACUUUGAUCAGGAAACUGAUUUCGACAUCUAUGAUCAUCUCGGGAGGGGUGAUUUGAAUCAAAGAGCUGAUGAUGGGUUCGAGUCUGGUUCUUCCACAGAGGAGAAAAAAAAAGACACCAGCAAUCUCUCCGCACGUCUUCCUACACAAAUUGCAGCAAGAAACCCAGCUGCACAGGUUAGUAGGCGCAGACUACUUCAGGAUAGCAAUCUUGCUGCGCCUCCUUUCGCAAAUGCUCCUCUUCCACCCUCAGUUCCUGUUCCUUCUACGGGGAGUGGAUCGUUUUCAGCAUUUAGUCCCAAAGCACCCGCACCUGCUGUAAAUCCUCCAGUUACUCCACCCAAGUCUCCUGAUACUCCUUCGGAAGCAGGGUCAACAAGAUCUAUGAAGUGGUUGUAUGCAAUUCUGAUUCCAUCAAUUGCUCUGUUGCUUAUUAUCAUUGCAUGCAUGCUUUUGCUAUGCCGCAAUAAGUCGGUGGCAACAAUAGGUCCAUGGAAGACUGGACUCAGUGGCCAGCUGCAGAAGGCAUUUGUGACAGGAGUACCCAAGUUGCAACGCUCAGAGCUGGAAGGUGCUUGUGAGGACUUCAGUAACAUUGUGGCAACCUAUCCAUACUACACUGUCUACAAGGGAACCUUAUCAAGUGGAGUCGAGAUAGCAGUUGUAUCAACUGUGCUUGCGUCGAGCAAAGAUUGGUCAAAGCAUUCCGAGGGGAGAUUCCGGAAAAAGAUAGACUCGCUCUCAAGAAUUAAUCAUAAGAACUUCAUCAACUUGCUUGGGUACUGCGAGGAGGAGGAGCCUUUCAUGAGGAUGAUGGUGUUAGAAUACGCAGCCAAUGGGACACUCUAUGAGCAUCUCCACGUUGAGGGAUUUGAUCAUAUUGAUUGGAAUGGUAGGAUGAGAAUAAUUAUGGGAGUAGCAUACUGCAUGCAGUACAUGCAUGAGCUCAAGCCUUGUAUAACACACUCUGACCUACAGUCAAGUGCCAUAUUGUUAUCCGAGGAUGGAGCUGCAAAGAUAGCCGACAUGAGUGUUUGGCAAGAAGUAAUUUCCAAAGAAAAGAUGCCCAAGAAUGACGACGCCAGUGAGCACCAUGAGCCAAUACGUGCUGAUCCAGCUGGGAAUGUAUGUAGUUUUGGUCUACUCAUGCUGGAAAUCAUGUCAGGAAAGCCUCCAGAUUCUGAACACGAGGGCUCUCUUGCGAACUUAGCUAUGGAGUGCAUUAAGGAUGACCAGAGUAUAUCCUGUUUGCUUGACCCUACCUUGACUACUCACAAAGAAAAUGAUCUAGAUAUCAUUUGCGAGUUGAUCGAGGACUGCAUCCAGAGCGAUCCGAAAAAGAGACCAAGCAUGAGAGAGGUCACCACUAAAUUGCGAGAAGUGCUAGCGAUUUCACCGGAGGCAGCAACGCCGAGGUUAUCUCCGCUUUGGUGGGCAGAGCUUGAGAUACUUUCAGUUGAAUCCUAGGAAGAAACAUGUUGAUAUGGUAUGGUUCUUGCAGCAACACUGAGGUCCUGUGCGUACCGUCUUGCAAUCUUGUACAUCUUUGUUGCGAGUUUCUGCUUUUCUGGCGAUUUCGGUGUAUAUGCGUGGUACCUCCUCCCCCGCCUCGUAAAAUGAAAAUUUCCGGGUUAUUCUAAUUUCUUCUCGAGUUUUCUCUGUAUGGUGAAUGUACAUGGUGAUGGUGUGAAAUUGUGAAUGUAGAAUGAUUCAGGUCAUCCUAGAGUGGAUUGUAAUCAGGAAAUGCGUGAUUGUGUAAUGUACCAUGGGGUUUACAGAAAUAUUCUUUAUUUUUUUUAAAGGAAGAGACAGCAAUUGGUA